AUGAACCAGGAAAUUCCAAGUAAGGAUGAAGGAAUGGAGAUGCCCUUAAUAUCCGAAGACCAGAUCAGUAAAGAAUUAAUGGAAUUUGAAGAAUUAGUUGAAAAUGAGUGCGACAGUUUGCACUUGCUGUACAAGAAAACCGAGUCCUUUAGAUGCCUGCAGCAGGUACAGCUGUCCAGCAGCGCAGUUAUGCGCAACAAGGACUUUAGAUUUCCUCCUUUGCAUGAUCCUGGCAUAAACGAGGCUUUCAAUUAUGUAGAACCGGAACCUGUUUAUGAUGAUAUAGGAGUUGAAAAAUACGUGAUGAUCUGUAAAGAACUGAAAAUAGUCCCUAUUUCCCGAAUAGUUAAAUCACUGCCUGGGGACACUAUAAAUCUAAAGUAUUAUGGUCUGACUACUAAACAAAUUCAGGCACUAACCGAGACUUUAAUGAUCAAUACCCACAUAAAAAAAUUAAUUUUACAAGACAACUGGCUGAAAGUGGCUGACACUGUGAUGCUCAGCACUAUGCUGGAAGAAAAUAGCAGUAUAAGGAUUUUGAAUCUGAGAGAAUGCAGAAUUGGACAAGAAGGAGCAGAAAUAUUAAACGAAGCUCUGUCUAGCUCCCAAUUUCUGACGGAGUUAGAUUUAAGUUUCAACAGUUUAGGUGAUAAAGGUUUAACUGAUCUACAAACAGGCUUGUGUGAAGCACCGAACUUACGAGUGUUAAAUAUAAGCCAUAAUGGUUUAACUGAAGAGUCUGCGGAUACUUUAGAAAAAAUUUUACUCGAAAAUAAGUUCAUUCAGGAACUUGACUUGUCUUGGAACUCAUUCUGUACUGCUCCAGGUAACAAGAAACUGUUUAAUGCGAUGAAAGAGAACGAUAUUCUGCGAGUUUUGAACAUAGCUUGGAAUGGGAUAUCCAUGAAACUGGCAGUGAGUCCCCUUACCAAUUAUUUAAAGGUGACAGAAAAUUUGGAGCACUUGGAUAUUAGUAGUAACAGGCUAGAGGGUCCGUCACUAAAGUCGGUUCGACUAGGAAUUUUCCAAAAUCGGUCUCUAAAGUCCGUUAAAAUAGGAAACAACCUCUACUCACCUGACGAUGCCUAUUUUUUGGCGUCCGUGCUACCACUAAAACAACAGGAUCCACUGACCCAUCUAGAUAUGGAAAACAUGGUGUUUGAUAAGAAAGUUCUACCGUUAUUAGUUAGAAUAAAGAGUUCAGGUAAAACUAUCAAGUACGGCAGCAUUUUAGGCAACUAUACUAUUAAAGGACCAGACAUCAACAAGUUAAUAUUUCAAAGAUGCAGGUACCUGCUAGAAAAACCGAAAAAGAAAAAGCUAAAGAAAGAUUUUGGUCAUUUCGUCUUGUCCUUGCCUGAUGAAUCAAUUACGAAGGCCCAGUUCGCAACAUUGCUAAAGAAGAAAAAAAUAAAAAGGUUGGAUCAGGACUUACUUAAAGAGUUAUAUAAUCGAUUCACAACAAGGAAUCAAAACAUCGAUUGUGUGGAAAUGAAGCGAGUUUACAUGAAAUAUUAUCCUGAUACUGUCUUGCCACCCCCUCCGGUCAAAAAAAAGAAAGGCAAAAAAGGAAAGAAAGGAAAAGGAAAGGAGGAUGAGGAGGUAAAGGUGCCAGAGCAACAAGAAACUUCAACCGAGAAGCAAUCAGAAGAACAUACCGCUGAGAAUGAGAACAAAUGUGCUGUUCCCACUGAGACUAUAAUAACGGAUGAAAAUAUACCUGUGGAAGUAUUACAACAGCCUAUUGAAAACGAGAAUACGGAUGAAAACAUAAAUUAA